UCCUGAUUGCAGUAGACUGGAUAAUGCGACAAACAGUGGGCAAUGAGGAAACAGGCAUAAAAUGGACUCACACAAAAAACUUGGAGGAUCUGGACUUCGCCGAUGAUAUAUGUCUGAUUUCCCACAAACUGGAAGAUAUGCAAGCGAAAAGCAACAAGUUGGCAGAAGAAGCAUCAAAGAUAGGACUUCAGGUGAACAUAGAGAAAACAGAGGUGAUGAAAAUUCCUGGGCAACACCACCAACAGCAACAACAACAACAACAGACAACAAUCAGCAUAAAUGGGAGGAACCUGAAAGAAACAACCUCUUUUACCUACCUACCUGGGAAGCAUCGUUUCAACUACAGGCGGACGGAACUGACGAGGAUAUCAAAGCAAGAAUCGGAAAAGCAAGACAAGCUUUCACUACUCUCAAGUCUGUGUGGAGGUCAACAGCACUCAGCAUCAAAAAUAAGAUCCGGAUUUUCAACUCCAAUGUGAAGUCAGUGCUACUCACUAUACGGAUCGGAGACUUGCACUGCGC